GUUGGCUGGCGAAUAAACAUGGCCAUCAGUUGCCGAGGACAGAUGCCCAUGAGAAGAUGUUGGAAGCCUUCAUGAAGGAAAUGAAAGCAGAAAGCAUCAAGCAAUUUCUUCACAAUUUCACCCAGCAGCCUCACUUGGCUGGCACGCAGGAGAAUCUACGCCUAGCUGAACAGAUACAAGCCAACUGGAAAGCAUUUGGCUUAGACUCGGUCCAAAUGGCUCCUUACGAUGUUCUGCUUUCCUACCCCAACAAGACGAAUCCUAAUUAUAUCUCGCUCAUUGAUGAGCGUGGCCAAGAGAUUUUCAACUCAUCACUCUCUGAGCCUGUUCCUGCAGGAUAUGAGACCGUUGAAGACAUUGUCCCACCCUAUAGUGCUUUCUCGGCCCAGGGUGAGCCAGAG